UACUAUGCGGCGCCUAGGGACAGUCCAGCAAAAGAUAUCAUGUGUAUUCAGGACAGAAGUGCAAGACAAACCAUCAGGAAAACGGGAGGCUCAGCCAUUUCAUGUUGCAGCCACUGAAAAUCUGAACCUUUCUGCCCUGGAAUCAGAUAUUCACUCUGCUGUUGCUACAGAGAAAUUAGAUGGCACCUGUUGUUAUAUUUCCAAAUACAAAGGAAAGCAAUUUCUUUGGGCACGCCUUGAUCGAAAACCAAACAAGCAAGCAGACAAGCGAUGGAAGAAGUUUCAGUCUUCUCAAAAGACCUCCACAGGCUUUAUGUGGAACUUGAAGGAGGAUUUUAAAGAUGUCCCUGAUAAUUGGAUACCAGCACACAGUGUUCCCCACAUCGAUGGCUGUCCUGUACCUGAUGACCAUGGGCAUAUUCUAGGCUGGGUUCCUGUGGAGUGGAACAGUAAACAGUAUUGCUGGCACUCCUCUGUGGUCGAUUACGAGAUAGAGCUUGCCUUAGUCCUCCAGCCCGACAGAGAAGACGAGGACAUGCUGGAAAUCACAUGUGUUCCACUGUCAGAAUUACAGGACCAAACACUAGAGCUCAUCGGAACAAAUAUCAAUGGAAAUCCUUAUGGUCUGGGCAGCAAGAAGCAGCCGCUCCACUUCCUGGUGCCACAUGGGGCCAUUCAUGUGAGAGAUGCCCUUCCUGUGAAUUAUACACAGCUGCACACCUGGCUCUCAGAGGCAGACCGGGGCAAAGUGGAAGGGAUCGUCUGGCAUUGCAACAACGGAGCUCUUUUUAAGCUUCAUCGUCAUCACGUGAACCUGAAAUGGCCAUGUGGUAAACCCUUUCUGAACACCAGACCUGUCGUCAUUCGAUUUGAUGGCCACAGGGAACAAUUGGACGGUUCAUGCCAGGGCAUGUUCAGUGCAUUCUCAAAACUACACGGGCAAACUUUCCAGUCUCUUGAAGACAUAUUGUUUGACGACUGAAGACUACAGCUAAAUACACAUGGAUAAUGUUCACCCGGGUUCAAAUGGGUUGGAAAGAGGAAUAUUAAGUACUUGGUACUUGGCUACAAGUGAUUUAAUUUACUUGGUUGUCCUUGAGACCUUUUCCCCUUUAAUUUGAUGUUUUACGGCAUGGAUAUUAAUUUCAUGACAUUCAAUUUAAAGGCAAAGCUUGUUUGGGUUAACUGAGAUGAUGCACGUUGAAUUCCGAAAAAAUCAGUAGUAUGCCAAAGCUGCAUUACUGUAUUGUACAUUGCUGUUGUAGACACAGAGAAAACAUUGAAGUUGUGGAGAAAGGCUAACGGAACAGGGCAAGACAGACAAUGAGAGAUGUGUCAGAGGCAUGGAUAGUCGAUAGACAAAGUGUAAAGACAACUAAGGUGAACAAAAAAGUUGCCAAAAUGUAAAAGCUGUUGUAUGUAUAUGGGGUUCUAUUUCACGAUUAUUAGCACUUUUGACAUGACAUUUUGCACGUAAGUAGCUUUGGGAGAGGUGAUCCCAGACUGAAAGAUACUUUGACAACUGGAAAGUGAACAUAGUGCCAUAUGGUGCAUCAUUCAAAAAGGUCUUAUCCUCCAUUGUUAUUGUACUAUAUGUUACCAUUUGAAAAAUAUGUUUAAUUAAAAACAUAAAAUAAAUGUGA